AUGGCUACGUUAAAGCAAAGAAAAGAAGAUUUUGUUACUGGUUUAGAAGGUGGUACUAUUUUAGAGAUCAAUUAUAUUACUUCUAUUGCUCUAGUGAGCUAUUUUUGUUGGAAUUUGAUUAAAAAUGAUGAUUUGAAUGUUAGUUUUGAAUUUUUCUUGGAUUGGGUAGCUUUAUUGUUAUCAAUUACAACAUAUUCUGAUUCGCCAUCUGUUUUAAUUACCUUAAUGUUGAUUCCAUGUUUGACUGCAUUUUUUUGGAGAUUGCUCUCUAAUAGAGAUACUCAAAGUGGGAAAGCUGGAUCAGAUUCUGAUUCUGAUUCAUCUAAAGAGGUGGGUUAUCAAUUGGUUAAAAAACCGUUCAUAACUGCUUAUCGUGGGUCCAUGUUGAUUAUUACGAUGCUAGCCAUUUUAGCAGUUGAUUUCAAUAUCUUUCCUCGUAGAUUUGGGAAAGUUGAGACUUGGGGUACCUCGUUGAUGGACUUGGGUGUAGGUUCAUUUGUAUUUAGUAAUGGUUUAGUUUCUUCGAGAGGUUUGAUCAAGGAAAAAAUGGAUCCUCGUUAUAGAUUGAAUUUCUUUAAAAGAAUUUAUAAUGGUUUAAAAUCUGGUUUAACAUUGUUGAUAAUUGGAUUAUUGAGACUUUAUUUUGUGAAAAAUUUAGAGUAUCAAGAACAUGUAACUGAAUAUGGUGUUCACUGGAAUUUUUUCUUGACCUUGUCGUUGUUACCACCAGUACUGUCAAUUAUUGAUCCAAUUGCUGAAUAUAUCCCUCGUAACAUCAUUGCAAUUAUCAUAUCUAUUGUAUAUGAAUGGAUAUUAUUGAGAGAUAAGCAAUCAAUGUUAACAUUUUUGAUUUUAGGGGACAGAACCGAUUUUUUCAGUUCUAAUAGAGAAGGUAUAAUGUCAUUUUUUGGUUAUUGUUCAAUCUUUUUAUGGGGACAAAAUACAGGAUUCUUCAUUUUGGGUAACAAACCUACAAAAAAUAAUUUUUAUAAGCCAUCAGCUGAAUUGAUAACUACAUCUAAGAAGAAUAUAACAUCUAAAAGAUCUCAAUCGAAUUCUAAGUCAGGUUCAAAAUCAAGUUUUACAUUUUUCGAUAAAUUGACAACCGUAUCGCCAUUAAGAGGAUUAAUUUCAUGGACUUUAAUCUUUAUGAUCACUACAAAUAUCAUAAUUCAAUGUCAUCCAUUUGAUAUCUCAAGAAGGUUUGCUAAUAUCUCUUACGUGUCAUGGGUAGUGACAUACAACUUAGGAUUUUUAUCAUUUUACUGUUUAAUCGAUAAAAUAUUCAACAAUUCAGAAAAUAAUUAUAAGGUAUCAAUUCCAUUGGAGGCAGCUAAUAGCAACGGUUUGACUCUGUUCUUAAUAAGCAACGUCACUACUGGUCUAGUCAAUAUGUCAAUUUCGACCAUAGAUGCAUCUGAUUCAGUAUCAAUUGUUAUUCUACUUGCAUAUUCAGCAUUCUUAUGCUCAUUAUCGGUAAUAAUGUACAAAUAUAAGAUAUUCAUUAGAUUAUAA